AUGGCUCUGUUGUCACUCCCUCUCCUUGCAGGAGCAACACUGCUUCUAUUCGUCGUUGCUCUCGUCCGGCGUUUGUUCUCACCUUUGGCUCGUCUGCCGGGCCCGAAGCUAGGUCUCUUGACUCCAUGGCAACUAAGGUACUACGAACUUCAAGGCAAGCGGACGCAAUACAUUCACCGUAUGCACCAAGAAUACGGUAAUGUCGUUCGCGUUGCUCCCAACGAGGUUGUCUUCUCCUCGCUUGAGGCUAUGAAAGAGAUUUACCUUUCCAAGGGAAGUGGCUACGAUAAGCCCUCAUUCUAUGAUCUAUUCUCCCAGUUUGGUCUCAGGACCAUGUUCUCGACUCGCGAGAAAGGCCCUCACAGCAAGAGAAGACGCAUCAUCGCAGAUCGUUACGCCAACUCUAACGUCAUCCGAGACUCUGCACUUCACGGCAUUCAGGAGAGGUCGCAGAAUUUUAUCAAGAGAUGCUCCGAAGCUCCGAGGCAGGAACUUGAUGUCUACCUCUUCCUACAUUGCUACGCCUUCGAUUGCGUCACGCAUCACCUAUUUCACCCACAUGGCAGCGAUUCGAUCCUCAAGCAGUCAGAUGAGGAGACUCUGUGUGAGGCUGUCUUUGACAAUAGUCUUGCCAGACGUCUCUUCAUUCAUUACAAUCCCACGAUAGGUAGCCUUAUGGGGAAGCUGGGCGUCUUUGGCAAGUCCCGCGACAUCCCCCGGACCAGACAGCUCAUCCUCGAUGGAGCCACCGGCGGCCCUGUUGCUGAUUUUACCCUCGUCAGCCGCAUGCGCGAGGACAAGUUCGGCAUGGGACCGAUGGACAUUGCUUCCGAAUGCAUGGACCACACCCUGGCAGGCAUCGAGACAACUGGUGAUGCCCUCUGCUUCUUGAUGUGGCAGAUCUCACAACCUGGCUACGAAAUCAUUCAAGAACGCCUCCGCGACGAGUUUCGAGCCAAUGAGGGUGUGUCAUUUGAACAGCUCCCAUACCUCGAGGCAGUCGUCAAGGAAGGGUUGCGAGUAUUCCCUUCUAUUCCCAUGAGCUUACCCCGGUGUGUUCCCCCCGAAGGCGCAUUCGUCGAUGGUCACUGGCUCCCCGGCGGAACGCUCGUCAGCUGCCAGCCAUACUCGAUGCACCGGAUGGAUGAAACCGCGUUCCCGGAGCCGGACAGCUUCAAGCCCGAGCGAUGGCUAGAGGAGAAGGGUCUAGCGGAGAAGAACCGACUAUUCUUUACUUUUUCCAACGGUGGACGGGCUUGCAUUGGCCGACAUCUGGCUGUGGCCGAGAUGAAGACCCUACUACGGGAUAUCUACUCGAGUUUUAAGACUACACCGGCGGAGGGCAUGGUUGCCGACAUGAGCAUGGAUGACCAGAUUUUUACGUCGCGGCCGAAGGAUCAAAAGUGCAUUCUCAAGUUUACCCGGUGGGAAGAAGAAAUGGACCCGACGCUGUCGACAGGCACCCUAUGCCGUCAAGACGAUGUUUGA